AUGAAUAGGACAUUCACCCGUCAGUUCUCGCAAACUGGGGUAUCACUAAGGCCAGGUUACUCGACGGUGCACCCCGUGCACCACUUGGUCAAAGUGGAGAAAGCGAAGUUGAAGCCCGGUUUGCAGAAUUUGCUUCUCCCAAGGGACGAUAUAAGAUCCGUGAAAUACAAGCCUACGGAGAUCUGCCAGGAUCGAGUUGCCGAGCACUAUAGAAACACGCUAGAAUCGGAUUUGCUAUUACACUUUUACCAGCAUAAAGCCGUCAAAGUUGAAGGAAACAAGAAGAGGACAUGGAGUAAUGACUCGCCUCAUAAUUUGUUUCGGGGACUCAGAAAACCGCGGGGUGGAACUAGAGCCACCAAGGAUAAGCAUCCCAUUACUGCUGAAAACGUGCCUCGGCUCACCAGUAUAGCGUUGCACGCAUACAACAAGAACGCAUUAGAACACAACUGGCUAAACAUCUCCACCAGGUUGCAGUUGUCGAUCAUCACCAACGUGAAAGCGAAACAAACCUACAACAAGCUGAACAUCUUGCCUUGGAAAACGAGGGUGGGAAGACCGUGCGGGGCCAAAGUCGAGCUUGUGGAUAGGGACAUGAACCAGUUCAUCAGCACCUUGACCGAGUUGGUCUUGCCCAGGAUCAGAGCCUUCAAAGGUAUCAGCUUUGGUUCCGGAGAUCGAAACGGUAACAUCAGUUUUGGUUUGAGUCCCGAAGAUGUCCAAUUUUUCCCCGAGUUUGAGCAUUACCAGGAAUUGUUUCCAAAUUUGAAUGGUAUGGACAUUACUUUCAAGACCACUGCUCAGACUGAUGCUCAAGCAAAGACUUUAUUGAGCGCUUACGGGUUCCCCUUUGCUAAGAACGAUUAA